AUGCAGAACCAAACAUGGGGGGGCAGUUCGCUGCCAUUCCUGGCUGUUGGCCGGGUCAAGGAUAGCGUGACGCUGGCGUACUACAUAGAUCCAGAGAGCGUGGAGCAACAGGAGCAGACCCAGGAAGUUUUCCAGAAGCUUCUCAAGGCUUCAUCCCAGAAACUUGCAGCUGGACAGAGAACUAGACUGCAGUGGAAUAAUGGCAGUGUUUGCUGCCUCAUGGACGAGCAGGCUAGACUUCUUUACUGUGUUGUCACGUCGCUAUUGACAUACCCCGAGCGACAAGCUUAUCAGCUCCUGUACGAUUUCCGCGGGUUGGUCGAGAGAGAUGACGCCAACCUGGACGAAGCUGAGAAGCACGCGCUGAAUGAGAAGCUGGCAGACCAGAUGAGGGAUCUGGUCAAAAAGUACGAGGGAUUUCAGGACCCCAGCAAGCUGUCCUCAACCAACACUCCCUCCGUUAUGGACACCUCUUCCGCGCCGUUGCAUCAUCAAGACGAGAGAGAUCUCCGACAAGCAGAGAGCAAAAAGUGGAUCUUCGUCGCGUUGCUGGUUCUGGUCAUUGUGCUCUUUCUGAUGUGGCUCUUCGGGGUCUUCGGGGGGACCAAGAAAGAGGAGACGGAAGAAACGACAGCAGCGCUUACACUGAAAGCAAUCCUGAUGUGA